CAGGAAACUCCGCCCUUUGUGCAACGAUCAAAAAAAAAAAAGGAUACUGCAUUUUUUCGCUGGACCUUGAUUGGUGUUUCCAUGGAUGUCUAAUAUUGCUUCCAGUGCAUAUACGGCUUAACUUCUUCUUUUGCCCCGUAAUAAACUUCAUGAUAAAGCAAUGACGUAUCAUCUAAAGGAAACCGGUGACUGCGUGAAUGUGUCUCCAGGGUUUUGUGGAAAUGAACCGAGACAUAACCGCCGUUGAAUCCCCCGGUUUAUUCAUCCAAAUAAAUCGGCGGGAUCGCUAGGUUUCAUUAUACGUGAUCACCAUGAACAGAUCCUUGUGUCGGAACUAUUAACCACCAUUAUAUAAGAGGGAUCAACUUGCAAAUCCUCGAGAUUAUCACUUUUUACUGUUUGUUGUUAUCAUCGCAAAGAAAAACAAAAUGUACACAAAGUCUUUCAUCACAACUGUCUUCGCUGCUGCUCUCUUGGUUAUCGCCGUCCAAGCCCAAGACAACGGCAACGGCAAUAACGGUAAUGGCAAUGACAAUGGCGGAAAUCUCUCGUCCUUGAGAUCCAUUGUCUCGUCCUUGACCGAAAAACAUGGCUCCCACACCAACUCCGGUAUGGUCUCGUCGACUUACGUUAGCUCGCCGGUGUCGUCCUCGUACGUGAGCGCUCCUUCGUCGUCCUAUGUCUCGAGCGUGAUUAACUCUGUAAGACCCACUGCCACGGGCAAUAACGGUCACCCAGCUAACCCUGGUAACGCCGUCAUGGUGAACUCCAACACUGUGAUGUUCCAAGCUUCCGCUUUGGUCGCCUUGUUCAUCGCCAGCUUCGUUGUCAUGCUCGCUUAAUCACCAAGGCAAUGGCCCAUAAUAGAGAGGAAAAGACCGAAUAACAUAUUCUACAAC